GCUCUCUCGCACAAGGGUAAUGGGCAUCAGGCGCUACAUACUGACAGCACCAUUUGUACACAGUCAGCUCAGUUGAGGAAGCGGUCUAGUCUACUUUGCGCCACAUGAAAAUGAUUGCGGUCAUAUUUUCUUCUUCUGCACGAGCAUUUUAGAACGCGCAAAUCAUUCCGGAUACUAGACCGAGUCAACAAAAUAUCUAUUGUAUGUUAUGAUGACUGACUUCUUCUGAAAAGAGAGCUUGUUUGGCCAGUCAAGAGCAAGCAGCUGGAAAGUGGAGCAGCACAGUCUAGCCUAUUAACUACAUGUCUGAUCCUGAGAGAACACAGAGGAAACGCAUUGGGACUGGGACAAACUUUUCAUAGGUUUGGAUGGGUUCACGUUAAACUACAGUAAACCAAGACCCACGGGAAACAAAGACUUAGGAUCAGGAAGUGGAAGCACUGUUUAAGUUUCCUCAAGAUGUAAACUAGUUGGAACAAUGUUGAAAGCCUACUAGGAGGAUGUGGCAGUGUUGGAUCGGCUCAGGGGUCCUCAGGAGGAGAUGCCGAGGCACUCUCAAUGAUGUCCUCUCCAAAUCUAACAUCUCUAUUUUACAAAGAGAUGUGAAUCUCAGCAGACUCGCAAGCAGAGUCCUCACUUAUAGGAAGAUGAGCUCAUGUCACAGACAGCUGAGGCUUCCAGGAGAACUAUGGAGGAGGUUGAAAUCCUCCUCCUAUUCAGCCAGUGGAUUUCAUUCAAGAUUUAUUUGCUCCAGUCUAGUCCAUAAUCAAACAGAUCCCAUUGAGAUCCACAAGAAGAAGUUGACCUUAUGGUUCAACCACCUACCUCAGGAAGAGAAGCAGUUCGGGGGCUACUUCACCCCCGAGACCAUGCACGUGGAGCCGCUCAUCCUGGAGAGGAAGCCAGAAGAUAGGAAAGGGCCCUUAAUCACCCCUCUCCUCAAGCCAUCCCAGGCCCCCCAGAGUGCCUCGGUCACCAUGGAGCAGCUCUUUGAGCCCACUCAGCAAGGAGGCAGGGAGCAGGGCCUUAACGUGCUGCUGUACGGGGCGGUCGGGACAGGGAAGAGCACAGUGGUGCGGAAGCUGGUUCUAGACUGGUGUGCCGGGCUCACUUUGACCCAGUUCAAACUACUGGUGCCCUUCUCCUGUGAGGACCUCUCCCAGUUAUCCAAGUCCACAUCUCUGAGAGACCUCGUCAGCAGGAAAUACCUGCACCUGAAAAAGAUCCCCAUGCUGAGUGGAGAGAACGACCAGGCCAAGGAUGUGCUGUUUCUGUUUAACGGCAUGGAGAAGAUGAAACUGGACUUCCGCAUUAGCUCCACAGAGCUGUGCAGCAACCCAGACGAGGCCCUCCCCUCUGGGGCAGUGGUGGUGAACCUGCUCAGGAAGUACCUGCUGCCUGAGGCCAGUAUUUUGGUCACCACAAGGUUGUCUGCCCUUGACCACAUCCCUACAAAGUAUGUGAAACGCUACGCACAGAUAUAUGGCUUUAAUGACCCAGAUCGCCAGCGAGCAUACUUCACAAGCCGACUGCUGCAACAGAUUGGAGAGAAGCCGAGAAACCAGGAGGCCCAGUCCCUCAUCGAGCUGCUUUACCUCAACCUACAGAGGGAGAGCCAGUUGGCGGCCGCCUGCUUUUUACCUUCCUAUUGCUGGCUGACUUGUGCCAUACUCCACUUUUUACAUUUCACCGAUGCCCAGGCACCCAUACGUACGCUAACUGGUAUCUAUACCAGCUUUCUGAGACUCAACUUUGGAGGGGAGGUGCUGGACAUGGGUGGGGCUGUAUCUUCUCCAGAUGGCCAGAACUCAUUGAUGCUCUAUGUAGUCCGCACUGUGGGCAAACUGGCCUUUGACGGAGUCUCCAAAAAGCGCACUUCCUUCUCCGAGGAGGAACUGGAACAGUUUGUGGGGGGUAAGACCAAAACAGAUGAGGAACUGCGUCAGCUGGCCGUGUUCCGCACUGACGUCCUCGACUUCUUCCUGGUGCCCUGCGUCGAGACCAAAAGGUCAGAGCUUGAUGAAAAGGAGAAGCGCUACGUGUUUGCCAUUCCCGCCAUGCAAGAGUACCUGGCUGCCCUGUACGUCGUCCUCGGCGAGAACAAGACGGCUCUGGAGAAACUGAGCAAAGAGGUGACCGUGGUCAUCGGUCAAGUGGGUGAAGAUGUCAACACGCUCAUCAGCAUCAUCUCCAAGUUCAUCCCCCUCAGGGUCUUUGCUGUUUUCAACCUGCUCAAGCUCUUUCCCAGCCUGUUUGAAAAGAUCAGCAGCCGCAGCAAGGGCCGCAUCGCCCGCACCAUGGCGGCAGAGAUGUUCCGCAGCGAGGACAGCUUCAACGAGGACGUGCUGGACCAAGUGGAGCAGAGCCUGCUGGGAGUUCACGGCCCCCAGCCCCAGGAGCGCCUGGACAGCCGGGCCUUCGAGCUCUACCCCAUCUUCAUGGGCGGCCUGCUUCACUACGAGAACCGGGUUCUGCUGGAGCAGCUGGGCUGCAGCAUCAAGAGCACCACGGUGGCUCAGAUCACACGGACCCUCAAGAGGCACUUGGCGGCGGAGAUCGUGAAGUGGCAGCCCCCCGAGGAGCUCAUGGACCUGCUGGUGCUCCUCUACGAGUUCCAGAAUCCCCGGCUCACGGCAGAGGUCCUGCUCUCCAUCCGCAGCAUCAAGCUGUCCACCGUGCGUAUGACGCCCCUCAAAUGCUUUGUCCUGAGCUCUGUGCUGGCCUGUGCACCCACGAGGUACCACCUGGAGGAGCUGGACCUUUCUUCCUGUCACCUGACCAAUGACCUGCUGACCAUGCUGUGGCCCGCCUUCCGCCACACGCACAACCUCAAUCUCCAGUUUAAUAGCCUGGGUCCUGAGUCCUGCAUUCUCCUGCGAGAUCUACUACUUGACCCCAACAGUACUAUUAGAUCUCUACACCUGUGUGAUAAUCCGCUGUUAGAGUCCGGGGCUCGCUGUCUGCUGGACGCCCUGCUAGGGAACCAGUCUCUCAGACAGCUGUCCCUGAUGCACACGGGCAUGGGCGACAAGGGGGCCUGCGAGCUGGCCGAGAGGCUCAAGCAUCACACGGGCCUGCAGGAGCUCAACGUGGCCUACAACAACAUCGGGGACAACGCUGCUCUGACCCUGGUGGACGCCUGCAGAGAGCACCCCAGCAUCCACACUGUGCACUUGUACCUGAAUCCUCUCAGCAAUGUGGGGAAGCAGUCCUUGUACGUGCGAGGAGUCCCGCCGGAUCAGGGCGGCACGGGGCGGCGCGUGAAGGUGCUGGCCUCGGUCACCGAGGGCUCGAACAUCUCGGAGGACUGGCACCCCAUUCUGAGCGUCAUCAGUAAGAAUGCCUCGUCCUGGGAGCGCGAACGCGUCAGGGAACAGCUGCAGAUCUUCCUCCGAGACCUGGAGUGGGGUAGGAAGCAGGCACCAAGCUUCUGGAAAAAGAUGCACUUCCGCAGGGUGGAGAAGGGCGUCAGGCAGACGCUGCAGAUGCUUCAGAAGGACAUCCCGACGAGGACCGGUGGGAGUACCAAGUAAUGUUCAAGCCAUGUCUGCGUUUUUUAUUUUUAUCAUGAGCCAUUCAUGAGUAUGUUCCAGUCUUCCAACCAGAGCAUAAACCCAUGUAUCCAUCGCCUUGAAGAAAUGUAGCAAGUGAGAUGUGGGACAGCCAAAUCUAUGCAAAAUGAACGGAAUAAAAUAUAUGAAAUGGUAUGAAACUGAAAGUGUCCUUUUCAAGACUACGUAGGAAUGUGUUGCAUGAUCAGUUAUGCAGAAUUAUGCACAUAGCCAUAUUUGUUUUGGGCCUCCUUAUGUACCUGUGUGCAAAAUGUGUAGUAUCUUGUAUUUUCUCCUUGUUUUUUGCUUGAGGAUGUGUUUAAUAAAUAUAUUCAGGCAGGUUUAAAAGGAAAUGUGUUCCGUUUGUGUUUAUUAUUAAGUGUUUUGCUGUUUUAAUAGGAACAAACAGUUGAUAAAGUCAACGUGGAUCGAUACUUAAAUACAUCUAGUGUUGCAUGUACUGCGAAAGCCAUUGGUUGCAACACUUUUCUAUGACCUUCACUAGAUGAAAUGCUCCAAGCAAUGGCUUCGAUGUCCUCAUGGGACUUAAACAUUAUUCGAUUUUUUUCUAAAUAGCAGGCUGUGUGCUGUGCUGCAUCAAACAAUUUGCUUACUCAAAAAAAAAUAUAUAUAUUUUCAUAGCAGUUUACCUAUUGAUGUACUUGAAGCUUGUCCUUCAUUCAUUUGUACUGGAUACUAUUUUGUGUGAUAGAACUGAAUAUGGUAUUCAGUGCUUGUAUUGGAAAUGAUAGACUUGGACUGUUUUGCUCUAGCACAGGAUAGAGGAGCAAUGUGAAUCUGUUGUAUGUGCGCAUUUCAAUUAAAAAGUCAAAAUCAAUGUCA